AUGGCCGAGCAGCCCACCACAGCCAUGGCCGAGCAGCCCACCGCAGCCAUGGCCGAGCAGCCCACCGCAGCCAUGGCCGAGCAGCCCACCGCAGCCAUGGCCGAGCAGCCCACCGCAGCCAUGGCCGAGCAGCCCACCGCAGCCAUGGCCAUGACCGACGAACCCUUCCGCAUCGGCGCGAUGGACGCGCUGACCGGACCCGCCGAAACCUACGGCAACCCGAUCAUCCAGGCCAAGCUAUUGGCCGUCGAAGAGAUCAACGCGGCCGGCGGCAUCAACGGCCGAAUGCUGGAACUGAUUGCAGAAGACUCCAAGUGCGCGGCGCUGGACGCCAUCACGGCCUACAACAAGCUGACCGACGUCGACGGGGUCAAGAUCAUCCUGGGCACCACAUGCAGCGGCGCGAUGCUGGGCGCGGCCCCGUUGGCGGAAGCCGAAGGCGUGGUGAUGCUGUCAGCGUCGGCGACCAGCCCCGACAUCGCUAUGGCCGGAGACUACAUCUUCCGGACGGCGAUCAACGACAACCAGCUUGGAAUCGACACCGGUAAUACAAUGACGGUUGACGGUAUCCACCACCUGGCAACUAUCACCGAGUCCACCGACUACGCGGAGGGUGCGCGUCGCACCAGCGUGGCCCGCUUUGAAGAGUUGGGCAAUCAAGUGGUUGCCAGCGAGAACUACAGCUCGGACAUUACCGAUUUCCGCAGUCAACUGACUAAACUGAUCAACGCGGAGCCGGACGGCAUCUAUCUGGCGGCGCAGCAGGAGUUCUCCGCCGGUACGAUCUUGAAGCAGCUUCGGGAGCUGGGAUACGAGGGACCGGUCUACGCUGAGACAGUUGCCACGGGACCGGUGGCCCUGCAAAUCGCCGGAGAGGCGGCCACCGGGAUGAAGGCGAUUAUUCCCAAUCCGGAGCUUACCACGCCGGAGGGUGUUGCUUUCCUAACCAAUUUUGAGGCCCGCUGGGGUAACGUCGCCACGAUCCCGUGGUUCCAGGCGUCGGCAUACGACGACGUUUACAUAGCGGCGGAGUGCCUGGCGCGUACCGGCGACGACCAGGAUACCGACGGCUUCCGGGACUGCCUGUACGGACUGACCCGUAGCGGGGCCAUCGGCGACAACUACAGUUUCGACGCUAACGGCGAUCUGACCGGCCUGGGCAACGUGGUCGUGCAGGUCCUCCCGGUGUCCGAGCGCAAUGACGACAACCUGGGCUACGUAUCCUUGGGCGAGGCUCCGACGCCGUAG